AGAAAUUCUUUUCACGCCAGCAUAGCAAAAAUGGCAAAGAGAAUAAAGCGAAUUUAGAAACAGAAUUUGCGAGGGUACCUAAACCACCCAAACCCCAAACGGGUUAAUAUUUAAUAAUUUCCGGUAAUCUUUCGGAAGGAGAAGCGAUGGAGUGAGGUUGUUCCCUCCGCCGUCCAUGGUGUCGGAUAUCCAGCUCCACUCACUUCUUCUAGCUCUCAUUUACUUUAAACUCAGGUGCAUUGCUGGAUUUUCGGGCAUAGUCUGACGUACGCCGCAUCCGCCUUUUGUCUUGGGGGGAAAAAGGGCGGGCGAGGUAAAGCGACUAUAAAGAGAAUCUCAUUCUGCAACUGGGAAACUUCUUUUCCUCCCAUUGCAAAAUAGAGGAUUUAUGGGUUUACCUUUACAAUCGCCAGGGAUUUUCAUAUUCGCCACCAGUAGUGUCCAACGUGAAAUUGAGUGAGGCUGUCGUUUCUGCUAGGGCUUUUAAUCCGUUUGUCAAAGUUCAAUAGGCUUGUUUGUUAGUUCUGGGUUUCUGCAAUUAGGAUCUUGGGUGCCGUAAUCGUUAGGUUUGUGUACCGUGGGGUCCUCCAACAGUGGGAGAGUCCCCUGAUUCGACUAUCGACCUCGUUGAAUUGCCAAUAUCUUUUUUUUUUCUGUUUCGGAUUUUCGAUGUAAUUAGUUGGUAUCGGAAGCAUUAAAUUAUUCGUAGCGAUGGUUCUGACAAUAUUUGAAUGGCCAUAUGGUGGUCAACAUGUCUUCCUUACCGGAUCUUUCACAAGUUAUAUGAUCAGGUGGACUGAGCAUAUUCGUAUGACUCUCAUGGAGAAUUCUGGAACGGUUUUCCAGGCAAUUUGGGAUCUAACGCCCGGGUAUCAUCAGUACAAAUUCUUGGUUGAUGGUGUAUGGCGGUUCAAUGAGCAGGAGCCUUGCGUUACUGAUGAGUAUGGGGCAGUGAAUAAUAUUAUAUUUGUGAAGGAACUGGAGUUUGCCCCUUCAAUUUUACAUAAUGAGGCUCCUAAAUCUGGCAUGGAUGUUGAUAAUGGCAUCUUUCAGCACCCGGCUUCAUUGUCAGGUGGCAUGCACCAGGAACCAGUCUCACAGAUUUUAGAUGGUGAUAUAGAUGCUUUCCGUCGCCAUCUUUCCAUACUAUUGUCAAGAUAUACAACAUAUGAAUUGCUUCCUAUGUCGGGCAAGGUUGUUGCCUUGGAUCUUAUAUUGCCUGUUAAACAAGCAUUUCAUAUUAUGUAUGAACAGGGACUUUCCGUUGUACCUAUUUGGGAUGACUGCAACAGACAGUUCUGUGGCAUGUUGACCGCUUCUGACUUCAUUUUGAUCUUAACAGAGCUUCAUAAUAAUGUUACAAUGCUGACUAAUGAAGAACUUGAAAUGCAUUCAAUUUCGGCUUGGAAAGAAGGGAAGCUUCAAAUUCGUAGAGCAUCUGAUGUUCCUGUGCAAUCACCAAUUAGGAGGCCUUUGGUCCAAGCUGGUCCACAUGAGUCUCUACAAGAUGUAGCUUUGAAGAUUAUUCGGAAUAAGAUAUCAGUUAUUCCCAUCAUCCAUUCAUCACAAGAUGGGUCAUCAUCACAGUUACUACACCUUGCAUGCCUAUCGGGAAUAUUAAAAUAUAUUUGCAGGCAUUUGAGAUACUCUCGUGGAGUUCUUCCUCUUCUGCAAAAACCUAUUGGCAGGCUUCCUUUGGGUGCAUGGGUGUCAGAAGCGGGAAGAGCAAAUGGGUGCCAAUUAACAACAUUACAACUGGAUAGUCCUCUAAGUGCUGCCCUUAAUUUGUUAAUAGAAGCUCAAAUAAGUUCCAUACCCGUUGUUGAUGAAAAGGGGUCUCUUAUCGAUGUAUACACUCGGAGUGAUAUUACCUCAUUGGCUAACAACAGUGUGUAUGCUCAUAUCCGCCUGGAUCAAACAAGUUUGCGUGAAGCUCUGGAACUGGUAUACAAAGCAACUGAUGCCACUUAUGCCCACAAACGAUGCCAAACAUGUUUACGUUCUGAUUCUCUUCAUGAUGUUAUGGAACGUCUCUCAGAUCCAGCGGUGCGGCGGCUCAUUGUCAUUGAAGCUGGUAGCAAGCGCGUGGAAGGCAUUAUCUCAUUGAGAGAUGUAUUUAAUUUUCUACUGAACUAAAGCUCUCUUGUAAAUUCUUUCCCAUGAUGUUCAAGUUUUUUCAGCUUCUUUGAUUUGAAAAAUAAUAAAUCUUUUAGUAGAAUAAUCAAUCAAGUAAAUGUUGUUAUAUAUAAAAAGGCCAUUACCCAA